GUAGGGCUGAUGUAAUAUGUAGAUCAUCAAUCUCUGCAAAGCCCUACCGCUACGCUCGUAUGCGUCUGUUACAAGCCAUUCAAGGGCAGAAGGUGUUUGUUCAGUACACACCUUACGGCAAUUCUACAGAUUGUGUUAAACGAACAAUUCACGCCAUCUGACACGGUCAAACAACUUCAAGGGAUUUUCGGAAGGGCACCAUACCGUUGCAGAUAUGACACCCAAUAUGGUGUCACACGGCCAUUGGGUUAUAUUUAGUUCGAUCUCACUAUGCAUUAGUGAGGUUCAUGUUUGGUUCUCAAGGACCAUUAACCUGUCUGCUGCAGUUCGAAAAUCAGAUAAUAGAUAAUUUAAGUAGAUACAUGUAUUUAUUAUUUGUUCAUUUAACUAUUUGCUUGGAGAUACACUUUAAAGCUGAAAGCAUGUAUAAAAAGCUAUUGCUUAUAAUUUCUAGCAUUUUGUUUAUAUCACUUAAAGUACUGAGGAUUAUAGUAGGAGGAUUGGGCAUAUUGGUAGUAGUUCCUAGCGAAUCAUUGGCUUGGGAAAAAACCUUAAUGUUCAUGUAUAGAAACAAUGAUGAUAAGUCGUUUAAAUAUGUUUUCAAUGGAAUCCUUUAUAAACGAAUGGAGGCGCCUGGUACUAAGCAUUUGCUAAGAGCAACAUCUUCUGUGAUUGUUAGCACAGACGUUAAACUAUUGUGUUUUGUAAAUUAAACCGCUCUUCUUUAUCCCAUUAAGACUAUGAAAUUGAGAUCUGAUUAUGAAAUCUUCAAAAAAAAAAACGCUUCAUCAUCAUCAUGUUUCGUCCAGUCUUCGAUCGCGUUAGCUCUAAAAAUACUAUGUAUGAUACAUAGCUUAAGGCAUCCGUAAUUAAUUGACUUAUUCGCUGACUCAAUACUGUCCACGGUUGGAAAAUCAAAAAUUUCGCCUAGCCAUCUUGUGUUCCUAGUGUCGUUGUCCGGGUUUUUUCGAUUGAUCAACGCACCACGGCAAAAAUGGUAAUAAGGAAAAGAUGGCAGGCAAAAAGGUGCUAAAUGGUGGUACGCGCUGAAGAUGAUCGUGCGACGAAGUAUAAAUUACUAUGCUUUGUUUCGGAUGGACUAUCAGUUUGAGACAAGCAGCGCGUAAGUGCGGACGAAUUUUGAUAGGUGUGAUUACACAAGCCACGUGCGACACGUUUACUGUGGGACAUUAAAAUAGUGAAAAAAAAUUAUAAUGGAGUGCAAAGUUAAGAUAACACACGUGGUAUUGUUCGUUGGACUACUUUUAUGCAGCACAUUAUUAACAGUGGAAAGUGCACCAACGAUCGAGAAGAGACACGAGAUCGGGCCCGCCCUUCAUGUGCUGCCGUUGGAGGAAACAGCCACCGUCGUAUCGCUAUCGUCCGUAGAUUCAUCUGACACACCCAUCACAUCAUCGCACAAUCGAAACAAACGUGCCAUCAUCUUCCGUCCACUGUUCGUGUACCGGCAUCAGCAGAUCAAGAAGCAACGCGUCCAGAACUAUCCAGUACCGCAAACGGUUCGAUAGGAUGGUGAUACAUUGUUUUAUACCCGUGUGCGCGUACGUUGUGAUAAUUGUUAGCAAAUUAAGCAAAUAUAAUCGUACGAUAUCUAUUUAUACGGAAGGCAUGUGUUUGCGUGUGCUAAAAUGCCUAAUAAAAACGUGUGGCACAUCGUCGCGAUAUCUUACUGGAGGAACAAGCAUUCUGAACUCGUUUCAUAAUUAGAAUGGUGGGUCCGAAUUUUGCACCCUACAGUUAAAUUGUUCAAUUUUGACCACGCUGGACAGAUGGGUUCUUCUGGAUGGAUGGAUGUUUUCUUCUUCUACUGAUCGAUGGUAGAAGGGAAUGGUUAGCGAUUCAUUAUAAAAAUAGACACCUGGAGGGAACGCUACAAACUCUCUCUCCCUAACUUUGUUGCCGUAAAUUGUGUCCCGCCGUUCAAGUUCAUCCUGAUUCCAGGUCACGACGACGGAUGUGUGAAACGUUCGGAUGGACGUAAAGCGUGUCACACGUGUUCCCUUUCUCUAAGGUUUGCUUUCCUUAAUAUCAUCGAUUUAAAGUGGGUCAUUUAUGUUUGUCGUAUGCACCUAAGUACAUUUAAUGCAGUUUGGAUGAUUGUUUCAUGCAUCCCAUUUCCAAAGUGCAGUGUGUGAGUAAGCGCAAUGGUAUUUACCAGUGUUCUAAACUGUUUUUCGGUCGAUCAUCGCUGCAGAUACAAACAUUUAGCACCCUUCUUGUGCGACUAAGAGGAAGAAACGGGCGUGCUAGUGGCGAUCGUUUCCUGCUUCGGAAGGUGCUAAUAUUUUCUACCAACAUCUGCACAUAGUAAGAAGUGAAGCCUCCCUUCGAUUCAUGCGCUUGGGCGUUUAGCGAAGCUGGAAUGAGGCUACGGAGAGAAAAGACACAUCAAAACUAGGUGCAAAUGGUCCAUUUCAGGGACAGUUUAGAAUAUGGCUUCAGGGUUGAAACAUCGAGCUUUGGUGAGAUCGUUGGUUGUGCUGUACUGCUGUGCCACUUUUCGAUCGACUUGUGUUGCGGCAUAUCCAUUCUUUUAUCCCGCAGCACAGUAUUACUACAGCACGGAUUCAUUGAUGCGGUCAUCGACAAAUGGUUACAAUUACUAUCAACAGCCAAGUGCAAUUGCGCCGACCGCUGCUACAUCACAAAAUGUAGCCGCUUACAGCGGUAAUCCGAACUAUUACGGUGUGCCUGGCUAUGAGGAUCACCGGUCCGUGGGUUCUAGAAAUGGCUGGAAUGAUCCUUACCUGCAGUGGAAGUGGAACAACUACUAUAAUCGUUACUACUAUCCUUACCCGAAUGGUAACGGUGGAGGUGGUCGUGGUUGGAAUAAUCGAAACGAUGGCGCAAUUUACUACAACAACAGCAAAAGACGGCAAGAUUCCGCGCAACCAGCGGAUAGUAAACCGGAAACGACUACAACCCAGCGACCAAGAAAGAAAAAGCUUUUCGUGCCGAAUGUGUGGGGAUGAUAAUUCAUCUUAGACUACUGUCCUUACUGUACUGAUUUUGUGUUCGUUUGGAUCCGUUCUGUGCAGUGGAUUCUACAAUUACGAUGCAUUUAUAUACCGACUGAUCAGUAGCAUAUUUGCAUAAUUCUAGAAUGAAUAAAUAUUUUGUAUAUGAACAUUU